UUUCACCUCAGUAUCGGACCGAUACCAAUACGUAAUAUCGGAUCGGUCCAUCUCUAGUACUAAGUCACCAUAAGAAGUGUUUCUGAACUAAAACAGCUCAGUGCGCGCUCCUGACGCAGGGCAAACAAAUUCUGUCGGGGAUAGACAAAAUUCCAAGGUUCCCCUGAAGUAGACUGUGAUCUGUAAGCCGCCAAAAAAAACACGAAGACAUCCCACAAACCUGAGAUGGACUCGACUCACCUCCCAGCAAUACAUUUCUCUAGCCUGAAUCGGUCCAACAACUUUGGAAUGUAUUCCCGGAAAUGGGAGAAACCGGAAGAGACAGCGUGGCACAGUGAAGAAAGUGCAGUAACCUGACAGGUGUGGGCCUCAUCAGAACAACAGACACCGCUCUUAGAAAUUGUAAUCUGAAGGAAAACUAUGAAUAUUUUCGCUCAAGUACAUCUGGCAGCCCCCUUACCAACAGAAACACAUCCUAUAAUCCAGUGUAUAACUAUCAAUGACCUCAAAGAGCUCAAGAAAUUACUGAAGGACAAUAAUGUUAAUGGAGUUUACUCCUGUAUAGAGUGUAGUGAUUGGAUAACCCCAUUGAUUGCUGCUGUUGUAAAUAAAAACAAAAAUAUAUGUUCUUACCUUUUGCAUCAGGGUGCAGACCCAAAUAUACCUUCUCAACUCUGCUGCACACCUUUGCAUUAUGUCACACGCUCCAAUGCACCACCUGAUUUUGUGGAUCUGUUGCUUGUGGCAAAAGCUAAUCCAGAUGGAUGGAUUCCUCCUCCGCAACAACAAAUUUUCACACCACUGCAACUUGCAGCUAUUGAAAACAGGGAGGAUAUCGUGAAAAGACUCAUCUCUGCUGGUGCUCUGGUGACACUGCCGCCCAUUAAUGUGCCCAUUAAUGAUCCUCAGUGGCUUAUUAACAGUAAAAAAAUAUCUGAGAUGAUUAAUCACCUUGCAUCAAAUGGAGAUGAAGUGUGUUUCCAAAUCAAACAUUUUUUGGAUGUGGAAAUUGCUGUUGUUGAAAAAACACCUGACAAAGUGUUUAAAAUGUUCAACAGUCACAUGCUGUCAGAAGAUCCUCGGCUCCAUCUGACCAUGAUUGAAAUCCUUUUUACUGUUACUGGGAGAGGAAAAGAUAAAUACUGCCAGGCGUGUAUUAAAUGGCUAAAGGAAACUGGAAAUGUGAAUACUUACAUUGCAGGAGCAGCCAGUCGCUUUCCAAACAUCCCUAAGACACAUGUAAAGCUGGCAGUUGAAAGUUUAAAUCCAGUCUUCUGCACAAUGGAUGAAAUAACAAAUGAGCAUGCAGUAGCUAUAGUUCCACAACUACUGAAACUGCUUUGCUUAAAAGAGAGACCUGACAUCUGUGCAUCAGUGCUACAAACACUCUAUGUGAUAACACAGAAAACAAAAGGCACAAAGGACUGGCACGUCAACUUUUUAGAGAACUUAUGCAGAACAGUUGCCCCUUUUGUAAAUGAGCAACACUCCACUAAGAUCAGGAUCUACACAUACGGUAUAUUCGCAAACCUUCUGUCAGUUGAACAGAAAGCAAAUAUUUUAAAAUCAGUGGGGAUAACCUCAGUACCUGAAGACAUACUGACAUCUGUAGAAAUGGAAAUGAAUGACAAGCUGAAAGAGGUGCUGAGAAGUCUGAAAGAAUAUCUGAACAAACCAAACUCAGAAUGUGAGGGAAACACAGCCUCAACAUCAGGCAGGAAGAAGAAAAAGAAGAAGAAAAAGCAAGAAAACCCAAAUGAUGAAGUUUCAACAGCAGCAACUGAUCCAAUAACCAAAGUUUCUGUUGUAGAAUCAACUUCAAAUCUAAAGCCUUUUGACUACAAGACCAAUGAAAAAUCAGAAAAACGAAACUGGCUUUCAAUCAGCAAGAGGUGGAAGGAUAAACUGGAAACGCUUGUUGGUUCAGAUGACAGUAAAAUAUCCCGAAUCAGAAGCAUUAUUUAUGUGAAUGAUGAAGAAUUCAGAAUAGCGAAUGGAAGCGAUGGUACUGAAGUCUUCUUGGGGCUGAGAGAGGACGGCACAGAAGUUGCCAUUAAGAGAAUGUCUAAAAGCAAAUACCAGGUCCUAAAGAAAGAAGAAGGAAUCCUACGUCUCCCUGAACUCGAUCAUUCUUAUAUCGUACGAUAUGUUGAUUUUCAGGAGGACGAGAACUUUGGAUAUCUUUGUCUGCAACUUUGUGAAUGCACUUUGGAAGAAUAUAUUAUUGAUGACUGUAACAACAAUAAGAAAGAUAAGGUUUUAAGGAAACUCGUCGAAGAAUUUCUAGAAAGCCUAAAGGUGCUUCACUCUCAAAAUCCAAAAAUUAUUCAUCGAGAUCUCAAACCCCAGAACGUUCUGAUUGAUGUUACUGGGAGGGCAAGAUUAGCUGAUUUUGGCAUAAGCAGACGCUUACUCAAAGACCAAACAACUUUACAUACACGCAGUGCAGGAACCAAAUGCUGGAUGGCCCGAGAGACUUUUACAGAAGAAGAAAAAGAAUCUGUGAUAUCAUACAAGUCAAGCACUGACAUCCAGGUGGCAGGCAUGCUGAUCUAUUAUAUCCUCUCUGGAGGCCACCAUCCAUUUGGCAAAUCCUUUGAAUGUGAGUUCAACAUUCACAGAGGGAAGUACAGUUUGGAUCACAUUCAAGAUGUGGUGACAAAAGAUCUCAUCGAGUGGAUGAUCAACAAAGAGCCAAAGGACAGACCCAAAGUAGAAGAAUGCUUAAACCAUCCCUUCUUCUGGACUUCUGAAAAGAAAACUGAAUACCUGAGAAAGAUCGGUAACAGGGGCGAGGUUGCAAAAUAUAGAGAGGCUGACCAGGAGCUGAUUGAUUCUCUUGAAAAAUGUGUUGUGGACGAAUCCUUUAAACAGUGGAAAAAUAAGUUUUCACAAGAGCUGGUUCGGGAUAUGGAUGGCAGAAAGCCGUACCCUGAAAACAUGCUGGCAUUACUGCGCUUUAUACGCAAUCUCCAUGAGCAUUAUCCCAAGGAAGCAGCCCAAAUUGAUGUUCUGGCAUUGUUUCCUGAUCUCUUUGGGUGUGUUUACACAUUUGCAAAAAACCAAGGCUGGAAUUUAGAGACACCAUUAAAGGAAAUGUUUCAAAGAGAAGACAGCGAGGAUAUUAGCACAGUUUUGAUGAUGCCAUCUAAAAGCACGGAGGAGUCCCUGGGUGUCCCCGUUCAAGAGUCUCAACCCAGUGAAGUGAAAGUUGUCAUCAGCCAUAAAAAAUAAAAUAAUAACUUCUAGUAGUAGCAGAGAUGUCAUGUUGGUGUGCCUCCUGCUGCUCUGUUAGUUCUUAAGGGAUCACGACAGAAGACACUGAUCUGCUGUGGUGAUCCACAUGUUUGCACAUAGUUGUCCUUCCUUACACAACACUCCAUUUUACCAGCACUAACAUUGCAGUAACUUCAAGCUAGGUCUGCUCCUUAAUGGAGCCACUACCAAGACCCUUAGACUGAACCAGCUAAAUGGAUUUUAGACACGAUGUUUGAUUUAUACUUGUGUGAAAUAAGUGCCUGAUGUUUUGAAAAAGUAACUAUUGAUUUUUAAAAGUAUGAGAGAAAUAGAUUAGAAUUACAAUUGUUUGAGUCUCUUUACUCUAUUAUUUUAAUUUUUUUUCUUUUUGUGAGGGUGUGUACUGUAUUUAUACACAAUUACGCUGCUUUUGUUUUUCUGUUUUUUUUGUGGUUGCUUAUUGCUACACUUUAUUUGUACUCAAUUCUUUUUCUACAGUAGUAGAAACUACUACUACAGUAGUACAACAUUAUAUUUUCAGUUAAUCUUCAGGUUUAAUUCUACAUUAUACGGGGGGGUAUGAGGAACAGAUAUAGAGACAUUUUGUUGACGUCUUCAACAAAUACAAAAGUUUAAAAAAAAUCUGUUUGUUUCUUCUUUUUUUUCACAAUUAUAGUUUUAAAUACUUCCCAUUCUGAUUGUAAACAGAAUAAAUACGUUGGACAUGCAUUUUGUUUUGUGGAAAUUUCCUCGGGCCUAUGACAGAUUCAAACUGUACAAACAUGUAUGUCACAUAGUAAUUGAGCCAAUCUUUGUACUUAAUAUUAAGAACCACAAGUGGAAUUAGCAAAUAUUAAGAUUUUGAGAUUUAAACCAUGCAGGGUUUUUUUUUUCUAGCGAAUGGUAUUGUAAAUUUGCAAAAAAUCUACAUUACACAUAUUUAAGAAACAUGAUUUCUUAUUUUGUUUCUCAUCAUGUCUUCUAAAGCAAAAUACAAAGUAAACUGUAGAUUGAUUCUUUUUGUGUAAAUAAAUCUGUAAAACGUGUCCCUUCAUGGUUUUUUCUUGAAUGUUAAAUCUUUUCACCACAAUACAAAGUAAGAAGUGAGGCCUAUUUUCUUUUGUUUUUGUUAUUUUGCACUUUAAAGGUCUGAGA